GGAAAUAAAGCUGUUUCGCAGUCCUUCCUUCGUCUGGCCACUCCUUGCACCGCAGACAUAACAACUGGCGACGAAGAUGGGGGCAACAAAGCCAAGACGAAGGUGAGAAGCCUUGAAGCUGCGUCCAAACAGACAGCGAAACAUCACCGCACGCCGCUGGGUACUCGGCGACAGCAAGUUUCUCAAGAUGGCAUCCUCCAGUCAUAUCGGCCAAGUAGAAGCCUUCGAUGAAACUAUAAGUGCAUGAAUUGCGGCAAGAAGGGUCACGUUCAGCGUGCAUGUCGGAGUGCCAAGAAGAAGACUGUUGGCGGAAAGAAGUGGGUCCGGACUCUUCAAAGCGACGACACAUUCAACGUCAAGAUGCUGUCACCGCAAAGCCGGCGACCCAUCACCGUCGACGUGGAAGUUCAAGGAACUUCCUUGAGCAUGGAAUUGGACACGGGAGCCACGGUGUCCAUAAUACCGAAGCAGCAGUUCAAGAAAUUUCAGCCUCCUUUGAAGCUUGAACCCACCGAGCUACGCCUCAAGACUUACACCGGGGAAGUCGUGCAACCCUGCGGUUUCGUCAAAGCGUCCGUAAGAUACAAGGGUCAAGAGGACGUUCUACCCCUCUACGUAGUUGACCACAAUGGCCCGCCUCUUUUGGGCCGCGAGUGGCUCACACGUCUUCGUCUGGACUGGGACAACAUCUGCGGCGUACACAAGCUGUCGGACUCUCAUCGGUCUGAUGCAAGCAAGAAGUACGAGGCACGCCUAAAAGAACUUCAAGCCAAGUACAGCCGCAUCUUCGACGGCACCCUUGGCAAGAUAGAAGGAGCGGCCCCACAUGGUUCCACGCAACAGUACUGCAGCGGACGGGACCAGUGUCCUACGUGGUCAAGGGGCGGACACCGGAUGGACUCCGUACUUGGAGGCGACACAAGGACCACCUGCGCUCAGCGUCUACUGCAGUGACAGCGCCGUCCCUUGUGGGGGAGGACGAUACCGACACC